AUGGGCUGCUCUGAAUCUAAAGUCGUAAACAAGUCGAGUGAACCAGUAAAGAAAAUUAUCCCGGAUAAAAAUGGCUAAUCUCAGCUUACUUAAGAAACUCUAUGGCCUGAAUAGCCACCUAUUUCAACUAGAGCAAUAAAUCAGCAGAGUGAUCUACAAUAUACAAAUUCAAACUCUGCUAGUGGAAUAUGGGGUAUUAAUGGAAAUGGAACUAAAGAUAGUACUGUGAAAAUGAAUCCAGCCGAAGAUCAAGAUGCUUAUUAUGCUUAGAUGAGAAAGUAGAUAGAGGACUAGAAAAAAAAGAGGGAAAGAGACGGAGUCAAAAGACAAAUAGCCGAGCGUUAAUUACAGAAAUUGGCGAAGGAGCAUCCUGAUCUACUCUAAGAAAAGGCUCAGGAAAUGAUUAUGAAAUAUGACACUAAAACUAUGAACAAAAGUACUAAAGUCCUCCCUCCGCUAAUGACAGCAAAUACCUUAACAGGUUCUUAAAAUAUGAUGAAGUCAUUUAAGAAUCCUCUGCUUAUGAAUUAGAGUGGAUAAUUUGAAAUACCAGAAAAUAUUGAUUAAUAAACACCUUAGGCUUUUAAUUUGAGUAUCAAUAUUGGAGUUAACAUUCAAAAUAAUGACAGCAAAAUAGUCACAAGCAAAAUUGACAGAUAAGUUGAUUUAGAUGACCUCUUAGAUGAACUUGACAAUGAAGUAAACAUAGCCUCUCCAACUUUUGAUUAUUAGAAAUCAAGCAGUGCUCUGGGUAAAUAACAUAGCAAAAAUCUCAGCCCUAAUCCUAAGCUUCUUAAAUCAGGCCAGAACUCUAGAAAAGAUCUACGAACUGGCUCAAUUCAAACUUAAGGAGAGGAUACAAAGACUGAACUUUGGUCUCAUUAGAAUAGUGGUUCAAUCUUGGUAUCAUCAUCCAAUAAGCAGGGUAAAUCAUCCUACCGAGAUAGUUUAGUUCCACAUCAUGAACACAAAAGAUCAAAGUUUGAAGCUGACCAUAUUCUUGAAGAGGAUAAUAACAGUUUCAACAAUUCAAUGACAAGAGGUGGUGGAGAGAUAAAGUAAGAUAUGGUAUAAAUCAACUAGUUUGACAUCAGUACAACUCAUAACCAAAGUAACUCAAAGUAUAACAGAAACAAUCUGCAAAACAUAGUUGCAUAGCUUAAUGAUAGCGUAGAUGAAUUAUUGAACUUGUGA